AUGUUUUUCCCAGCCUCUCUCCUCUCCGUGUGUGAGCUCGGGUCUCACUGUGGUCCAUCACUUCAUUUGUCUUCUCCAGGAUCAGAGCCGCACCGAGAACUCCAAAAAAAUCAGAGAACAUGGAGCAGGAGCGAGCCAGCCCCGGACAACAACAAGGACCGAGGACCGUGCCAUGUCACGCCGGGCCCUGACCACCACCGGGCCCUGACCACCACCGGGCCCGGCGCCAGGAGGGCCCUGCUCAUAGGUCAGCCAGAGGAGGCCUCACACCCCGGAUACUGCCCAAGUGUGCGGUGGACAGGGGCCAGACAGGACGUGACCUCCGGGAGGAAGCUGGGCCAGCCUCCCGGGCCAAGAGGACAUCCAUCACCGCCCUGGUCCCACUCGCAGCCACUUCAAAUGCACGGGAUUAGACAAACACCCGGCGGCUCGGACCCAAGACCUACCUCGGAAUAA